AUGUUACUAGAAUUGGUUCUACCUAUUAUUCUGUAUUAUAUCUUCCGAAUGUUCCUAUCACCACUUCUCUCACUUUUACUUGCUGGUGUUCCAGCUGCUAUGAUUGUAGCUUUCAAAGGGAUUCAUGAACACAAAGUAGAUAUGACAGGUGUAUUGACAUUAGUUGGCUUCAUUGUAUCAGCCGUUUUGGCCACAGUGCAGGCGGAUCCCAAACUCUAUUUGUUACGAGAAUCCACGAUGACUUUGGCGAUGGGCUUCAUGCUACUAGUGACACUUUUACCACUUCAAAUCAAACAUCAUCGAUUACGACCUUUUAUGUUUUACGUGGCACGACAGAUUGCAGUAUCAGGAUCAUUGACCUACGACGAUCCAAAUACUGUACGACAACACUGGGAUUGGUUUUGGGACGCAUGGCCUACUUUCCGUGAUUUCUUUCGAACGUUGACUGGAUUAUGGGCCAUGGGGUUGAUCAGUGAAUUCAUUCUACGUGUUGCUCUGUUACGAUCGAUGGAGGAUGUGGAUGAUGUUCUCUAUUAUUCCAACAUUUAUAUGUUUGUGGUCUUGGGCAUCUUGGGAUCGUUGACUAUAGCAAGCACUCUUCUUUUACGACAUUUGUACAACAAGGAACAACAAAAGAUGAAAGAUGAUGAACGCCAUUCAGAAAUCCGACGAAUCAUUGAUGCGGCAGCAAAUGAAGAUAUGGUGGGUGGAUCUACUUGA